GGUGUCAGUGCUGUGCUAUCUGCACCACCUAGCUUACAUCCCCGCGAUCCAUUGGACAAUGCUGACUUACUGAGUGCUUCCAACGCGGCCUCACAGAAUGCAGCAGCAGCUUCGGCGGCAGCAGCCUCCGCUGGACAAACUGUCAACACGACCAUUGAAGCAAAACCGCAACUGAAGAAUCUCAUUGGAGAUGCUACGCGAUUCGUGCCGACUGCGCUUAAAGUGCGCCGGGUUGUGCGUGACCCGAGUGGAAGGGUUGUGACUGUCGGCGGUGGUCCCGGGAUGUCGGCGUCGCUCGGGGUCGGAAAAUCCACGGGUGCUGCUUACGACCGUGUCACACGUGCCGAUGGUUCUAUGAGCACAGUUUCAUCUGGGAGUGCUUCUCAUUCUGCCACUAGCAAAGAUGAUGCCUACGAGGAGUUCAUGCGCGAAAUGGAAGGUUUGCUGUGA